GCGGCGGGCCGCGCAGACUGCGAGGCUCUUUUGUUCGGCAGAGGGGAGGGCCGUCGGCCGGGGCCUGCGGUACGCCGCUUCAGCGAGGGGCUCGGACGCGGUCGCCCGGCUUGUUGCUUUUCUGGGCGCCACUCCCCCGGCCGUCCCGACACGACGCGCGAGUCGCGCGGCACCGAUUCCCCUCGAGUUCCUGGGCGCUGCUCUGAGCAGCGUCACCCUUUAUACCAGAAAGCUGGCGGGCACUAUGGGGAAAAAACAAAACAAGAAGAAAGUAGAGGAGGUGCUAGAAGAGGAGGAAGAGGAAUAUGUGGUGGAAAAAGUUCUUGACCGCCGAGUGGUAAAGGGCAAAGUGGAGUACCUCCUAAAGUGGAAAGGUUUCUCUGACGAGGACAACACAUGGGAGCCAGAAGAGAACCUGGACUGCCCUGACCUCAUUGCUGAGUUUCUACAGUCACAGAAAACGGCACAUGAGACAGAUAAAUCAGAGGGAGGCAAGCGCAAAGCUGACUCUGAUUCUGAAGAUAAGGGAGAGGAGAGCAAACCAAAGAAGAAGAAAGAAGAGUCAGAAAAACCACGAGGCUUUGCCCGGGGUUUGGAGCCAGAGCGGAUUAUUGGAGCUACAGACUCCAGUGGAGAACUCAUGUUCCUGAUGAAAUGGAAGAACUCUGAUGAGGCUGACCUGGUCCCUGCCAAGGAAGCCAAUGUCAAGUGCCCACAGGUUGUCAUAUCCUUCUAUGAGGAAAGGCUGACGUGGCAUUCCUACCCCUCCGAGGAUGAUGACAAAAAAGAUGACAAGAAUUAACACUCUUGAGUAUCAGCCCCUGUCACAUCUGACUGUGGGUUUCAAGUGGGGAGGAAAGGAGUUCUGCUUUCUUGACACCAUAGAGGUGGCUUGAGAAGAUGUCCUUUGAAGAGCCAGUAUAGAUUGUGCCCUACAGCAGCCCAAGUGCUUUAAAGCUGUUCCAUGCUGUAUAGUUUGCACACCCAUCCCAGUGGAGGGGAAGGAGGAGAAGUGUUUUAAGGCAACCCACUCUGCACUCGGCUGAGAAAAAGGCCUUCUAUGAAGGACAAAAUUUGCAGAAUGGGUGUGGGAGAGCAAAAACAAAAAUACUGUAGAUCUUCAAAGAGCAUCUCCACAACCCACAGCCUUCUUCCCAAUAGUGUUAACUCUGCAUUUUCACAGCGUAGCAUGUGUGUAGUUUUUGGCUAUUACUGGUGUAUUAUUUGGGGUGGGAGGGAUAGGGUGGGGCGGAAGGGAGAUGGGUAGGAUCACUUUUGUUAAAAUUUGGGGCCUGAUUGGGGGAAAUGGUGAAACAACGAAAAGACCAACCAACCAAUGAUGAUUUGGUUCUAUGUCCAGAAUAUUUUAUCUUUUCCAAAAAUGUUAUUGGCGACAUGAAUGAGGACCGUGAGGACUGUUUAAAAGCUGUGAAUGCCUGAAACUUAAAAGCCAAGGUGUUCUCUGCCUAAGCUUAACGCUGUUCCCAACAAAGGACUAAGCCAGUUAAUAACCUACCAAAGCUGCCAUUUGGGGGAUGGAAACUGAGGAGGGGAAAUCUUUUAUUGGGGUGUAUACACAGGCAGAGCAUUCUGUCUUAGAGGUGCUAAUCUUGAAAUUGACACAAAGACCCUUUUUCAAUUAUAGUUACAAAUACCAGCUUGUCCGUCCAAGCCACUGGCUGAGGUAUUUGGGGAGGGGAAGAGGGUGAUCUAGGAGGUGGGAGAGUAGGGACAGACAAGGGCCCAUGUUGUUAGGGUGGAAAACUCUUGGAGACUUUUUUUGAACUUUGAAACCAUUGGUGCCAGGGUUCAGUCACUGACAGCACAAGUUCCAUUGAAUCACUUCAAGAGUUGAAUGAGUUGAGCCCUGGUCUCAGGAGAUUAGACUUUCAUACUGGGGCAGUGGUUCACUUUAAAAUACAAAACAAAAAAAAUUUUUUAAUACUAAGAAUUAAUACCCAAAAUGCUGUCUUGAAUCAUGAGAUCCAUCAGUUCUUGACAUCAUCUAGAGUUGCAUCUAGAACUCCAUUGUAAAAUCUUUGUAGGCAUGUGUUAGAUUUCUGUGAAAACUGUUUAAAUGUAAACUUCAUAUCACAUUGUCAGUUUUUGUCUUAAUAAAACUAUAGAUUUAUAAUC